AAAAAACUAUGUCAUUACAAGAGUUGUACUAAUCCUCAUUCCAUAAUUGGUGAUUGUACUUUUUGUUUCAAGAAAUUUUGUACACGUCAUAGAUUAUUAGAAGCUCAUGAUUGUGAGCAUUAUAGAGAUGUCAAGAAUGAUUAUCAUGAAAGAAAUGCUAAACAAUUACAUUCCCAACAAACC